GCCCUGGCUCAAACUGGGCCAGCCACUGACAACAACGGUGGCCUCAGGGUGCAGUUCCACUUCAGGAGCUCGUUCAUUCACCGCAUGGCUUCAGGACGUCAGGACGCUUUGGUGGACAGUGGGUAGGGAUUAAGGCUUCCAAACGCCUUAAACCCCCGCCCAUGCUCCUCCGCGGAAAAACAAAACAAGCUUGCGAGAUCCUGCAGCGUCCGAAGACACCACUGCGCGGAACCCUCGCUCUGGAUUUGGGGGAGAGCGCACCGGACGGAGGAGGAUGGUUCGGCGUGGGCUGAGCUGGAAGGGGUUCUCUGCUCAUCCGGCCGCCGCCUUCGCGUCGCUGCCUCCCGGGCUGUGUAGCAUUUUGGGGGUGGCGGCCGCAAGGCCGAGCAGGGGAUGCGCUUACAUAACCGCUCGCCGUGUCCUGCUGCCUCGCGCUCUCGGGAGCCGCGGGCGGGGCGCGCCGCCGGACCGCAAUGCUGCCGGGACCAGCGCGGCGGGGCCCGGGCCGGCCCCGCAGGCGGAGGAGCGCGAGCAUCGGCGGGAGGAGGGCGCCGGCGGCGGGGGAGGUGAAGCCCCUCCAGGCCGGCCUGCCACUCCUCCUGCUAUGAUGCCUGGGCAGAUCCCAGACCCUUCAGUGACCGCAGGCUCUCUGCCAGGGCUCGGCCCCCUCACCGGACUUCCCAGCUCUGCUCUGACCACAGAGGAGCUGAAAUACGCUGACAUCCGCAACAUUGGGGCGAUGAUUGCGCCCUUGCACUUCCUGGAGGUGAAACUGGGCAAGAGGCCCCAACCCGUGAAGAGUGAGGUGAGACCUUUGUUCUCCAGACAAAGCCCACGUUUCCAGCUAGACGAGGAAGAAGAGCGAAGGAAAAGGCGCCGGGAAAAGAACAAAGUCGCUGCAGCCAGAUGCCGGAACAAGAAGAAGGAACGCACAGAGUUUCUGCAGAGGGAGUCAGAGCGGCUGGAGCUCAUGAACGCAGAGCUGAAGACGCAGAUAGAGGAGCUGAAGCUGGAGCGGCAACAGCUUAUCCUGAUGCUCAACCGCCACCGCCCCACCUGCAUCGUGCGCACAGAUAGCGUCAGGACGCCCGAGUCCGAAGGCAACCCACUGCUGGAGCAGCUGGACAAGAAGUGACUGAAGGCCUGGAGGAGGCAUCAGAGGAAGAGGAGGAAGGGGAGGAGCAUAAAAGAGAAAGAGGACGAGCAAGGUGACAGAGGGCCCCUCCCAGGCACGUGACAAACUCUAUGAUGAGGCUUAGCAUAACUAGCCUCCAGCUGGCUCUUUUUUGAAACUCAGCCCUGCCGCGCAAGAGCAAGAGCGGACUGAAGAAACCAGAGGGACCAGGUGCUGAGACCAAGGUUGACCCGCAGAUAGGGGCUGUCCCACUCCAGGGCCCAGCUUGAAGAGCACCUGAGCCAGAGAGGUGCCAAACCAGGUAGUAGCCUCAGGCACUCCUUUGGCCUCUCUGCCAAGACCCCCACCCAGGGGACUACUGAGCAGCCAAGAAAAGCCAUGCAUUGCAAACACAGUGUGGCCCGCGGAUGGAACUCAGCAUAGACUGCAAUCCACCUCCCCAGCCCUGCCCAAGCCCAGUGGAAGGGGGUGCACUGUGGGGCUGCAAUGGCCCAGCUGGAGUUGGCUGCGGCACAGAGGCGCGGGCGCCCUUCCAAAGCACAUACUUAAUCAAUGAAUGUUUACAGACUGGCUGUCCUGGCGGGGCUUCCAACUGCACACGGUUUUUAUACUUUCUUUCUUUUUCUUUCUUUUUUUUUUUAAUAUUUUUUACAAAAAAAAAGAUUUUAUACAAGCAAUAUAUAUAUAUAUAUAUAUAUAUAUAUAUAUGGAUUUCUAUAAUCACUCGAUGUGACACAGUACAAAUAUGCUAUGGUCUGUUAUGGACAUCCACCCACCAGUUAAGGCCAUUGUAAUUCCUAAGUACUGUAGGCUCUGGGUGUUGGGGGGUGGCCAGGCGGGUGAGGUACAUUUCCAUCCUUGUAACCCCUUCCUAGUACCCAGUCCUGUAUCGUUCAGUAAACAUUGCUCUUAAUUACCCA